GGGACGUCGCGCGCGCUGCGCGUGUUCAGUGGGAACGAUUAUUUGGGAUUGGGCGAGCACGCGCGGACGCGUCGCGCGGCGGCGAACGCGGCGGCGGCGUACGGGUGCGGACCGCGGAGCAGCGCGCUCGUGUGUGGAUACACGGACAUGCACAGGGCGCUCGAACGCGAGCUGGCGAGGAUUUGCGAGACGGAAGAGUGCGUGUUGUUCCCGAGCGGGUUCGCCGCGAACGCGACGACGCUGCCGGCGGCGUGCGGAUCGGAGGAUUGUUGUAUAUUUAGCGACGCGUUGAAUCACGCGUCGAUCGUGGAUGGGUGUCGAUUAGCGCGACAGGGCGGUGCGACGGUGCGGACGUUCGCGCACAGGGAUUACGACGAGUUGGAGCGCGAGUUGAAGACGUGUUCGGCGAAGCGCACGGCGGUGGUGAGCGAUAGUUUAUUCAGCAUGGAUGGUGAUUACGCCGACGUCGAGCGUUUGGCGUCGUUGAAGCGCAAGUACGGUUUCUUGUUGAUUCUCGACGAGGCGCACGCGACCUUGGUGUGCGGUGAGCGCGGCGGGGGCGUGGCGCAGGCGCGUGGGCGAUGCGCCGACGUCGACGUGCACGUCGGAACGCUGAGCAAAGCCGUCGGUGCGCACGGUGGAUUCGUCGCGUGCUCGCGCGAGAUGAAGCGUUUCUUGGUCUCGCGCGCGCGUGGUCACAUGUUUAGCACGGCGCUCCCCGCGCCCGUGAUCGCGGCGGCGCUCGAGAGCUUGCGCGUCUUCGCCGACGACCCGUCGAUUCGAGUCAAGCUCUGGCGCAACGUCGAUCGCCUCAACGCCGCGCUCGCGAAGUCGCCCACGCUCGCGACGAUGACGCAACCGUUGGUGAGUCCGAUCGGGUCGAUCGUCGUCGGCGCGCCCGAAGCCGCGCUCGCGGCGUCUGCAGAGCUCUUACGCCAAGGAUUCCACGUCCCGGCGAUUCGCCCGCCGACGGUGCCCGCGGGAACGUGUCGACUCCGCGUCGCGCUCAGCGCGUCGCAUCGAGACGAGGACAUCGAUGAAUUAGUCGGUGCGCUC